UUAAUCGCAAUGUGUAUUUAAAAAUUCCCGACCUGUAUCCAAAUUAUACUAACCUGCCAGAGACGCUAAAUUAUCGAUCUCUAAUUGUUUUCUCGUUUAAUAUUAUUAUAUGCCACUUGAUCCCCUUGUCUUCUAAAUUUUCAGCUCUAUUUUCCAAUUGGUUUGAGAUUGCUUGGAAAUCGUUAAAAUUUGAAAUUAUUAUUGUUGAUAUGAUCAAAGAAAAAUAACAAUAAUUUGUUGAUAAUUUCAUCGUCGAAAUCACGACUAUUUCUGUAUUUUUAGUUACAGAUUGAAAACUAUGACUUGUACUUUUUGAUUUUCGUGGGUUUUAUGUUGCUAGACGUAACUCAAAGCAAUUUUAUUGGAUGGAGAGAUGAUUUUUGUCAGAUUGGACAAAUGGAGGACAUAAUUUUCAGUAAUUUUCAACAUUUUCAUCUAUUAAUUUUGGAUUAAAUUUAAUUUUGCAUACUUCAUCUGCUUAUGUGUAACGACUAAACGUAAUUCAAGUUUAUUCUCGAUUGCGCCCAUUUCAAGUUUCGUUUAGAUGAUUUUGUCUAUUUUUUAAUUUGACUACGAAGAAUUGACGCUUAAUGGUGCCUUGAAAAGUUAAGCUGAUUGUAAAAAUUUGAAAUGGUUGGUUACGAUCCGAAACGCAAUCCUAAAUUCACCAGUUUUGAUUACACUCUGGCUGGUGCUAUGUCUGGUUUCAUCACUCGAGGUUUAUUCCAACCCUUUGACGUUGUUAAGAUUCGCUUUCAAUUACAAGUGGAACCAAUAUCCAAGUCAGCUGGUCAAUCGAAGUAUAAAAGUUUAAGCCAAUGUGUCAAAUGUAUAGUUAAAGAAGAAGGAGUAAAAGCGCUCUGGAAAGGCCAUGUUCCUGCACAGUAUUUGUCGAUUGUUUAUGGAGCAGUUCAAUUUUGGAGUUAUGAGGCAGCAACAAAAACAGUUUACUCAAGUCGAAGCGAGUUGAAGAACGAUAAAUUCUUGGUUAAUUUUGGAUGUGGUGCAUUUGCCGGUGGCGUAGCUUCAUUUACCUCCUUGCCUUUUGACGUAGUGAGAACUCAUUUGGUUGCACAAGGAAAAGAUAAAGUGUUGAACAAUUUUCGCCAUUCUUUUGGUUACAUCUAUAAACAGGCCGGUUUCAAAGCUUUUUAUCGAGGACUGAGCCCUUCUUUAAUACAAAUAUUACCGCAUGCGGGUUUUCAGUUCUCGUUUAAUCGAUUAGCAAAUCAUGUUUGGUGCUCAGCUUUCCCAUCAUCUUCUGUCACUGAACCAACAGCCAUUCAGAGUUUCUUCUGUGGAGGUGUUGCCGGUACCUGUGCUAAAACAUUAGUCUAUCCUCUUGACCUUGCAAAAAAACGUCUUCAAAUUCAAGGGUUUGGUCAAAUUCGGAAAAACUUUGGCGUUACUAUGUCUUAUAAAGGUUUCUUCAAUUGUUUAUUAAUAAUAAUUAAAACUGAAGGCCCAACUGGACUAUUCAAAGGCCUAACUCCAAGUCUUUUAAAAGCUUUCAUAACUACAGCAUCACAUUUCCUUUUUUAUGACCAAAGUUUGAAAGCCAUUCUUUGGGCUAAAUCCUAGUCUGAAUAGUUCUUGAUAACAAUUUUCAAAAACAAUUUUUAAUCUAGUCAAUGAAGAUUUUAAUCAUUGUUACUGUAUUAUAACAGUUAGCAAAAAUGUAAAAUUAUGGUAACUUCCCAAAGAUUACUGACAAAUACAUUUGUGAAAAUGUGCAAAAUCACUCAAAAAUUUUAAAGAUUCAAAUUAUGUGAAUCAUGAAUCAAUUUUAUACACAGAAAAGAAUAGGAAUUCAAGUCUUAUUUUUAACUGUAGCUACUGUAUAGUUUGAAAAUAUAUUUUAAUAAAUCUACUCUUUUAACUGGAA